CCGGCCGGCCUACAUUCCCUUCCCUCCAGCCCCCAUAAUAUCAUCCCCUUCCUAAUCCUAACAAACUCCAACAAUCUCAUUAUAAUCCCAUUGAUAUUUCUUCUUCCGAUCUGCACAUUCAUCUCGUUGAAAUGAGUCACGAUACAAUGGGGACUUUAAAGGCGGUGCUACAGCAUCCUGAUGAUUUUUAUCCAUUGAUGAAGCUCAUGAUGGCGACGAAGCAGGCGGAGAAACAGAUCCCGACGGAGCCACACUGGGGAUUUUGUUAUUCAAUGCUUCAUAAGGUUUCUAGAAGCUUCGGCCUCGUUAUUCAACAGCUUGGCUCCGAGCUUCGUGACGCUGUGUGCGUUUUCUAUCUGCUUCUCCGAGCCCUUGACACUGUUGAGGAUGAUACAAAGAUAGAUACUAUGGUGAAGAUACCAAUUCUGAUGGAAUUUCAUCGCCAUAUCUAUGAUCCUGAUUGGAAUUUCUCAUGUGGUACUAAGGAAUACAGGAUUCUCAUGGACCAAUUUCAUCAUGUUUCAACUGCCUUUUUGGAGCUCAAUGGCAGUUAUCAGGAGGCAAUUGAGGAUAUCACCAUGAAAAUGGGUGCAGGAAUGGCAAAGUUUAUAUGCAAAGAGGUACAUGAAGUUGUAAGCAUGGCUGACUAUGAUGAAUAUUGUCAUUAUGUUGCUGGACAUGUUGGAUUAGGAUUGUCAAAACUAUUUUAUGCCUCAGGAAAAGAAGCAAUGUUUCCUGAAUCUACCUCCAAUUCAAUGGGCUUAUUUCUUCAGAAAACAAACAUUGUUAGGGAUUUUCUUGAGGACAUAAAUGAACAACCCAAAUCCCGUGUUUAUUGGCCUCGCCAGGUCUGGAGUAAAUACGCGAGUAAACCAGAGGACUUGAAACACAAAGAGAAUUCAGUGAAGGCCAUUCAAUGUCUGAAUGAUAUGAUUACAAACGCAUUAAUACAUAUUGAAGAUUGUUUAAAGUAUUUAUCCGGAAUACGUGAUCCAGCAAUCUUCAAAUUUUGUGCUAUACCUCAGAUUAUGGCAAUUGGAACUUUGACUCUUUGCUACAAUAACAUUGGAGUUUUCAGAGGGGUAGUGAAAUUGAGACGUGGUCUUACUGCAAAAAUAAUUGAUCAGACUAAAACCAUGGCAGACGUGUAUGGUGCAUUUUAUGAUUUUUCCUUGUCUCUUAGGUCCAAGGUUAACUUGAAAGAUCCAAAUGCUCAUACAACAGUAAGCAGGAUAGAAAUUGUCCUAAAAAUCUGCAGGGACUCUGGCACCCUCCACAAAAGGAAAUCUUACAUAGCCGACAACGAUUCAUCCUACGGUCCACCUCUGAUUGCUUUUCUUAUCGUUAUAAUGGCAAUUCUUUAUGCAUAUAGUCAGCUCAACAAAACCAAAGUUACAUCGUGAGAGUCAGUCGGUAUCAGUGUAAUGUCGAUUACCAUCAACGGAUAGCCAACACAGUAUGGUAAAACCAUUGUCUAAAAAUCUAAUUUUUUUUUAAUUUUUUUUCGGUUAUUGUUAUGUAGCGGUAUAGGUAGAGAGUAUGCAA